GUAAGUCGUUCAGGAUGGCUCCUAUACCGCAAGAGCACCCGGGCCAGCCGGGGCAGGGGGGUCGUCAGGGCGGGCGACCGCUGGACCCGGAGGACAUCGUCAUCACCGGCAUGUCCGGCCUCUACCCCACCUGCAACAACGUCAAGGAGUUCUCUGAGAAACUCUACAAUAUGGAGAACCUAGUGACGUCAGACAAGGCCCGCUGGAAGUACAACCACCCGGAGCUGACCGAGCACUGCGGCAACGUGCCCGGCCUGGACAAGUUCGACGCGCAGUUCUUCAUGGUGCACUACCGCCUGUCCAACAGCAUGGACGCCAUGUCUCGGAAACUGCUGGAGCAUUCCUACCAGGCUGUGUUCGACGCCGGAAUGUCUCCAAAUGAACUCUCAAAUAAGAAGGUUGGAGUCUAUAUUGGCACCUGUCUCACAGAGACGGAAAAAGUUUGCGCUUACUCUCACGUGGGGGUUGGAAUUGUGGGGUGCAACCGAGCCAUGUUCUCCAACCGGAUCUCGUACUUCCUGAACGCCAGGGGCCCCUCCAUGACCAUCGACGCCGCCUGCUCCGGGUCCAUGGUGUGCAUGGAGAAGGCUUACGAAGCCAUGAAGCGCGGAGAAUGCGAGGCCGCCAUUGUCGGAGCCUCCAACAUCCAUUUGCACCCUCAGUCGUGCAUACAUUACGGAAGGAUGCUACGAAUAAAUACUGAUGGAAAAACGAAGUGCUUCGAUAAGAAUGCUGAUGGGCAGUCUCCAGCGGAGUGCAUCAGCAUACUUUUCCUUCAAAAAGCUAAGAAUGCUAAAAGAGUAUAUGCUACGGUUUGCAAAGCACAGACAGAGUUCAGCCGAUUGGACAGUGAGCACUUCGAUAAAUAUGGGCCCUACAGGGACCCUGUAGUCUUGUCCACCUUCUACAGGAACUUUUACAAUGACACCCUGGUAGGCCCAUCGGAUGUUGAAUACGUCGAAGCCUUUGGAUCAGCAUUUCCCGAUGCUGAUAAGUCAGAGCUGGAAGCAAUCGAGAAUGUUUUCUGCAAGAACCGUCACGACCCUCUGUUCAUUGGCAGCAUCAUGUCCAACAUGGGGUACAGCCAGGCGUCCACCACCGUGGCUGCUGUGACUAAGAUGUGUCUAGCCUACCAUACAGGCAAGAUCUCGGCAAACUUGCACUGCAACUUCCCUCGGGACGACAUAGCUUCAUUGAAGGAGGGGCGCAUGCGCGUGGUAACGGAACAUAAGCCCUUCCGCCGAGCCUACACGGCCAUCAACAGUCUAUCUCUAACUGGCAUCAAUGGACAUAUUCUUCUCCGAGGAGAGUAUAAACCAAAGGAUAUCGCAAAAUAUGAAUCCAAGAUACCGUACCUACUAACGGCAUCUGGUAGGCAGGAAUCAGCGGUGGAGAAGAUAUUUGAACAUCUUAAAUCAAACCCCAUUGACCCUGAAGAGAUAGCAAUGUUCCACAAUAUACACAAAGCUCGAGUUUCAAAGCACUUGGCAAGGGGAUUCACUGUUAUAACAUCUAAUGAAGCGAAGGAAACGGUAUGUAUUCGGGAGAAAGUGGACUAUUACGAUGAUGCGAUGCGUCCUCUUUGGUUCGUGUUCAGUGGGAUGGGAUCUCAAUGGAAUGGAAUGGGAACACAACUGAUGCAAAUACCCAUUUUCGCCGAUGCCAUCAAACGAUGCCAUGCUGUUCUGGAGCCGAAGGGUGUUGACCUCAUACAUAUUCUGACAUCAGACGACAAAACCAUUUAUGACAACAUUUUGAACUGUUUCGUGGGUAUAGCCGCUGUGCAGAUAGGCCUUACAGAUAUACUACUCGAAAUGGGGCUAGUUCCAGACAACAUAAUCGGUCACAGUGUUGGAGAGUUGGGGUGUGCAUACGCUGAUGGCUGUUUAACAGCAGAGGAAAUGAUACUGUCUGCGUAUUAUCGUGGUCUUGUAUCUGUGCAAACACCUUUGAUUCACGGCUCUUUGGCAGCCGUUGGGAUGGGAUACCAGCAAAUUGUGGGCAUGUGUCCCCCAGAAGUCGACGUCGCCUGCCACAACUCUCCUGAAUCGAGCACAAUUUCAGGACCAUCUGACAUCAUGCAUGCCUUCGUUGCAAAGCUAAUGGGUCAAGGAGUGUUUGCUAAAGAAGUGCCAUGUUCAAACAUUGCCUACCAUUCACGUUAUAUCAAGGAUGCUGGUCCCGGACUACUGAAAUACUUGAAAGAGGUUAUUAAAAAUCCAAAGACUAGAAGUAAACGUUGGCUCUCGACGUCUGUACCAGCGGAGAGAUGGAAUGAACCAGCGGCAAAACUGUGUUCAUCGGAAUACUUGACAAAUAACUUAUUGAGUCCUGUACUAUUUGAAGAGACUGCGAAGUUGAUUCCGAAAAAUGCUGUGCUCAUAGAAGUGGCACCGCACGGUCUAUUGCAGGCAAUUUUGAAACGUUAUCUGCCGGUCACAUGCACCAACGUUCCUUUGACUAGACGUGCCAAUAGUGACAACGUACUCUUCCUACUCGAAGCUUUAGGAGAUCUCUACAUGUCAGGGUACAACCCAGACCUGAGUAUUCUCUACCCGAAAGUGGAGUUUCCUGUAUCCACUGAAACACGAUCGCUCUCGCAUUUGAUAGAAUGGGUUCACACUGAGAAAUGGACAUUACCCGUCUACGUUACAGCUGACAGGGCCCAUGCUGCCGCCUAUGAUAUCACAGUAUCAACUCAUGAUGAUGAGCAUUCCUUCUUGAGGGGUCAUAUUAUUGAUGGUGAAACAUUACUGCCGUUUGCUAGCGUAUUGGUAUUCGUGUGGGACACUCUGUCGAUGUCUCUGGACGUGAUGCGUCGUCAGAUGUCUGUGAAGUUCCACGAUGUACACUUCCAUACACAACCUAAACUCUCCGACCAACGACUGCUACGAUUAAGUGUAGAGAUUCAUAGAGGAACUGGAAAAUUUGAGGUACACAAUGAAAAUGUUCUGAUUGCUAAUGGAUAUAUUAUUGGUAAUGCAACUGAUUCGACUGGCAUAUUCCGCAAAGCAGCGAAAGGGGGAGACAUGGAGAUAUCAUCGAAUGAUGUUUACAGAAUGUUCUAUGAGAGAGGAUACGAUUAUAGCGGAGAUUUCAGAAGUAUACAAAGAGAGAGCGCGGACAUGGACCGCGCGCUGGUGUCGUGGAGGGAGAACUGGGUGACGCUGAUAGACGCCGUGAUGCAGAUGAACACGCUCCGGGAAGACAACCAGGCGCUGCUGCAGCCCCGGUUCAUACAUCGACUACUAAUCGAUGUGAAGGAACACGCACACGCUAUCGCCAACUCACCUUAUAGCGGAGUUGGGGCGUUGGAAGCCAAUAUUUUUGAUGAUCUUAGUGCUACAAGAUGUGGCGGAGUGGUACUGGAAAACCUAUUAUAUAGACCAAACCCACCACUUCAACGUCAAACGAUUGAGUUAAAAACUUCAACAUUCGUACCGUACUUUCAAAAAGUAGAAACCGAGAUUCCGGCCGCCCUUAACAUAUUCUUCCAAAUAAUAUCCGAAAAUGUUGACUCUGAUGUGUUAUUUGCACUAGACAUCACAAAUAAAACCCAGGGAUCAUCUCUUAGGAAUGCGAUCAAAGAAUUUUCUCCGGAAUUACCUAACUUGAAACUAAACGUUAAAAGCGCUGAUAAAAUUAAAUCAAUAAUGAUAUUCCUUUCACUAUUUCAGGCCACUUCAGAAUUAAGCGAAUAUAUACCUAAAGACACGUUCGUAAUAGUCUUAGAAAACGACGAAGUGUCUCACUCCAACUAUCGUACAGUGGCUUCCGCUACAACCGAGCAUGGUAGAAUCGUUCUUGGGCGUUGGAAACCCCAAAGAGAAAAAUCUGCACCAGUAUAUGUAUACGUUGCUUCUUCAAGGGAAAUACCUAGUUUGGAAGCCACUAGAAGUAAUCUUGGCCCAGAUAAUCAGUUAAUAGUUCUUACUCAUUAUCCGCUAAUGAAUGAAAUAAAAGAAUCAGUCAGGAAUUGGAGGAAAGAUUUUCAGAGGAACCAAGUGUAUGUUGCAAUGGUUUAUCAGACAAGUUCAGAAACUUUACAGCAAAAAGAUUUGCCAGAUUUUGAUUUGGCGUACAACGUCUUACAUCAGGGUGUUUGGGGCGGCAUUUAUUAUGAACAUCGAGUUGUAAAUGAUAGCAAGGAACAACGCCGUCCUGUGACAUUGCGAAGUGAAGAGAUCGGAAACUUAGACUCACUUCAUUGGAUAGAAACUCCAGAACCAGGACCAAAAGACAUAUCUGUUGCGGUUCACUAUGCAGGCCUAAACUUUUAUGAUGCAAACAAAGCUACAGGAGAAAUUAUCCUGAAAGAAAAUGAGGUAUCUGAUCAAAACUACGGUAUGGAUUUUAGUGGAUUGAACGCUAACGGAGAGCGUGUGAUGGGAGUCAUAUACGGUGGCGCUGCAUCUACUCGCGUGGCUGCCGAUCCAUCGUUACUGUGGCCUGUGCCAGAUCAUUGGAGCCUUGAAGACGCAGCUACGGUGCCCUUGCCAUACGCACAUGCAUUUUACUGUCUAGGAAUAAAAUGCAGGUUAAUGAAAGGCAUGAAAAUUUUAGUCCACGGUGGUACCGGGGCUCUUGGGCAGGCAGCCAUUUCUAUUGCUUUAGCUCAUGGAUGCGAAGUUUUUGCAACGGUCAGUGACAUGAAAAAGAAGAGAUUUCUGCAAAAACUGUUUCCGGAGUUAAAAGACGAUCAUAUUGGCAAUUCAAGAGAUCUUACAUUUGGAGACAUGGUGUUGGCAGCUACCAAAGGAGAGGGCUGUGAUAUUAUUAUAAGUUGUGUCAAAGGCCCAAUGAAAAACGUAACUCUUAAUUGUUGUGCUGCAUCUGGAAUAACUUUAGAUACGCAACAAGUGCACUCUAAGGAAGACUUUGAAUAUGGGAUGUUUCAAAUGACAAAAUCCAGAUCUUAUGCUUCUAUUGACUUUUCGGCCAUAUUCACUUCUGAAAAUUUCUUGGAGAUGGAUAAAUUACAGCUCAUGGUCAGCGAAGGUAUUGCACGUGGAUACGUGCGUCCUUUAAGUCGCGUCACGUAUAGUGUGCAUGAAGUUGCUAGAGCUAUGCGCUUACUGGCAUCAAGCCGACAUCGAGGUAGGGCAAUACUUCGCAUUCACGGAGAAACAAUAACUGCUACACCCAGAAUUGAAGUCUCACCUGAUAGUUGCCAUCUUGUGAUUGCCGCAACGGCAGAUGAUGCACUAGCCACCAGGCUGGUAGAUUUGUUGAUUGCUAGGAGAGCUGUAAACAUUGUACUUCUUCGUCAAAAGCAUCAAGAUAACAAGUCAAAUGAAUUCAUCAAAAUUAAAAUGAAACUGUGGCUGAAACUAGGAGUUGAGGUAAAAGUAUUACAAGAUCAACUAACUGAUGUCGAUAAGGUAGAAGAAAUGCUUAAAGAUUGUACUAUACUAGGUCCAGUUGAAGGCAUUUACUGCAUAACCAAUGAUUCUCUUGACAAGUCUUCUGAAGCAAAUUUAACAAUGAAGUUAAAAUACUUGGAUGAAGUUUCGAGGAAACUCUGUUUAUCAUUAAGACACUUUGUAGUAAUCAAUAAGAAAGCAAACGUGGGAAGCGACAUUUGCUACAAAAGAAUACAAGAAGGGAAACCGAGCACUAUGUUACAAUUAUAUAAAUUCAACAAGUUCAAUGAACCUGGAGAAGACGUUGAAUCAAUUAGAAACAAUGCUGACACCCUUGGCAUGCGUGGGGCAAUGACUGCGAUUGAAAACGCUAUGUGCUCAUCACAGAAAGUUGUACUAGCAUAUGCCCGAGCUCUACCAGAAGAAUCCCUUUUAGAAGAAAUAAAAAGAGUAACAGGCAUCGUUAUAACUUCAAACUCCAAGGAUAGUGAGACUUUAGAAAAACUAGGGCUUGAUAAUGAGAGAACCAAAGAAGUAAGCCACAUCCUGCAAAGAUAUAAGAUUAUCGUACCAAAAGACAAACUAUUACAGAUGACAUUACGAGAGUUGAAAACGCAGCAAAAACAGUAUGAGGAAACCAAAGAUAGAGUAGCAACGGGUCUAGGAGUAUUGUACUCAAACGUAGAUACAAAUGAAUUACUCGCUACUGCAGAUCUAGUGUUCAUGCGAACUGCUGAACAGAAAUCAACAAUGCGAGAUGAUGAGUUUGACUGUAACGCCACCUACCUAGUUCUCAUCCCGGGUAUGGAAGGACACCAUGGAAGAUUCCAGCUAUUAUGUGAACGGCUAAAGUGUGCCGCCGUGGUCCUGCAACCAGGGCUCGACCAUCCCCAUGAGUCUGUUACAGAAAUGGCUGAGAGAAUGGUCAAGGUAAUGCUAAAGAAAAUUGUACCAAAACAUGGAUUUUAUUUACUGGGAUAUUCGUUCGGUGUUCUUGUUGCUUUAGAGAUGGCAUCAAUGUUAGAAGAGCAUGGUCUGACGGGCACGGUGUACUGCGUGGACGCGAGCCCAGACACGUUCCCGGCGGCGCUGGAGGGCUGGCUGCGCGAGGCGGGCGCCACGGACGAGGCGCGCCUGCAGGACGCGCUGGUGCAGCACAUGUACACGCUCAUGACCGGCAGCUGCUCCGACCAGCUGGCGCUGCAGCUGCGCGAGGCGGCGGCCUGGCGGGACAAGGUGGAGGCGGGCGUGCAGGCCCUGCGCGACCGCGUGCCGCACUCGGUACAGUAUGCGCGCGCGCUGGUGGAGGCCGCGCUGACGCGCAUCGAGCAGGCUCGCCGGUACAGCGCCCGGCGCUUCCGGGAUCGGCCCCUGCGCUCCAGGAUCGUGGUCCUCCGCUCCACCAGCCAGCCGGCCUCAAUGAGCCCCGACCUGGGCCUGGGCCGCUACUCGCAGGCGCCCCCGCACCUGUACCAGCUCGGCGCGGACCACGCCGGCGCGCUCGAAGACCUGCGCUGCGCCAACAUCGUCAACCGACACCUCGACCAACACAUCAUCGACGCCUACAAUAAGAAGAAUCUAUGCAACACCUACUUGCUCAAUGCAUCUACUUAUACGCAAUUCUCAGCCGAUUACGAAUAAAUAGAGAUCUUUACAUACUCGUAGGUAUAAUUUGGAAUGUAGUUAAUAAUAUGAGAUGUAUCGUUAAAUACUUAGAUUAUUUUAUAUUUUUUAAAUAAAAUAAACAUUUAAUGCA